AUGAAACGCUUGAAAACCUAUACACAAGACGACUCUGGCGGCUUGACCUUGCACUUCUCGGACAAGAGCACGGCGUUAGCAGAUGUACUCAUUGGCGCCGAUGGGAUUAGGUCCGCUACGCGUAAAGCACUCUUUGAAGGAUUGGCAAAGACCAGUCCAUCAGAAAUCGAUGUUCAACGUUUGUCAGAAUAUAUUGAUUCUAAAUGGACGGGAACCGUCGUUUACAGAUCACUGAUUCCGACUGAAAGAUUGGAGAAACUUUACCCCGGGAGUUCAGCUACGGGGAACAUGAUGUUUUACUGCGGCAAGAAUAGAGUCAGCAUUCACCUCCGAUUCUUUCUUGACAUUGAUAUUCUGACAUUCUUUACAUGUUAGCAUAU